ACCACGGAGAGUAGUAAGCGCUUUACGUACGAACAGUCAAAACACGUGCCCUUUAAUUUUCAACAUAUUCAUGAACUACGAAAAGCAGAAGAUAAGGCAUGAGUUAGAGAAAACAACAGGGGAGAAUAUCCGAAUCCCAAAGCAGAGCGCGGGACUUCAGAUCAUCCCUCAGACACGUGUUGACCUUCCUCAAACACAAAAGUGCUGCAUUUAAAGACACAUGCAGAACUUCCUACAAAUAACAAAAAUAAUAGAAGUAAUAGAAAUAAAAAAGGAGAGGGCCAAGGAGAAAGACAUUAGAAAAGAAUAAACAAGAGGAGGAACUCAAACUUGUUUCAUGCUUUAUCGAAAAGCAAUACAUUGACACCAUGUCCAGUAGCUCGGAUUCUGAAGAUGACGAGAGAUUCAGAGCUAUAUGUGAUCCGACAUUAUCAGUUAAUUAUGGCAAAAAUACGAGCCUGGGAGAUUUGGGCGUGGGAGAUCAGCCUCAAGGAAAGGAAGAGAAAUUGGAAAUUGAGGAUGAUCGGCCCUCUUUUCUUCUGUUAAAGAGAAUCCAGAGAUGUACAGCUGUCGAUGGAGCUCAAAUAGUGAGAGGACAUGGGUUAAGAGCUUGUGAGAGAGUGAGAUGUCCCUCAAAUGCCACGAGCAACAGGAAGGGAGAAGCGGAUCUUCCGUCGUCAAUAUCCAAAUAUUUAGCCAAACAACUUACGGGAAUUCUAGAGAAGAAUGUUGCAGUAUCUGCAGGUGAUGUUACUACCAGUGAAUUAAGUAUUAAGCCACAAAAUCAAAAUGAACGUUCUUUUCAGUUUGUAAAAGAUAUUAGAAUUGAAAAUUCCUCACAAGCCUCUGAAAAUGCUCCUGAGACUAGCAGUACAAACAAGAAUAGGAAAUCCAUGAAAUACCAGUGCAAAACUCCUUAUGAUGAGAAACAAAUUGCCGCCCAGUGUCAGUCGGUGGCAGUGACUCCCGAGUGGAUCCUCAGCAGAAGGGGUGAUUACCCUUGGCCACAUCCCAAAAAUAUAAGAUAUUUAGAAAAAUAUCAGAUAAAGGAAAGGAGAGCCAAUGGCGUUAUUGUGGCGGUUCCAGUGGAUGAAGCUGCAAGGAGUACGAAUGAGUGCUGUAAUGGUAACAGCACAACACUCAAUGCAUUAGAGCCACAGAAAAAACAAAUCCGAGAAGCAAUUCCUGGGAAUGAAAGAAAUGGCUCAACAGAAGAUAAGGGAGGACUGAAAAGUACACCGAAUAGCAUACUUACAAAUGGUGAGAACGACAACACAAAGAAAAGGAAACAAGGUAGAAAGAGGGGAAAGAAAAGUAAGAGUAUGAAAAAAACAAAUGAGUGCAAGAGCCAACUUGAGGAACAAUAAAUUUGGUUGAAAUAUUA